AUGGAUAUGGAGAAGAGUCGUCGUCGGUCCAGGGGCUUGAGCACCCUGGAGAAGAUCCUGAUAUUUCUCUUUGUGGCCAUGACCGGCACCUGCAUCGGCCUCGUGGUCAUCUACUUCACUGACAAAGCUGAUGAUGCUACUCAUGCAGAAGGUGAGAAUUGGCCGGGCUGUGGUGGACCUCAGGAGCUCUCCGGAGAGUCAGGCACCUUCACCAGCUUGAACUACCCCAGUAGCUAUGACAACGGCAAGAGCUGCACCUGGCAAAUCACUGUGGACCCUGACAAGGUGAUUCAUCUGUGGUUUGAGGAGUUUGCUUUAGAGGACACUCAGCUCUGCACGGCAGACUUCAUCACACUACAAGACUCAAUGGGAGUCAUUGGGAAAUACUGUGGCUACACCAAACCAAAUCCACUAGUGUCACUGACAAACCACCUGACAAUCCACUUUGACACCAAUGAUAGAAAAACAGACCAAGGAUUCAAGGCUCAUUACAAAGCUGUGGCUCCAGAACUCACACCAGAAAUAGCCGGAGCUGGUGGCUUUCUCCAAGGUGACCAGGGGGAUCUGAUGACCCCCGGCUUCCCUGAGCAGAACUACCUGAACACAGCAUUAUACCAGUGGAGAAUCACGGUGCCUGAAGGCGAGAAGGUUCGACUGACAUUCACCUCCUUUGACCUGGUGCCUGAAGUCUGUGGAGACUUUAUUCAGGUCUAUGAUGGCUACAAGGCUGGCUCUUCUUUAUUAGGUAAAUUCUGUGGUGGAACAAUGCCAAAGCCAAUGGAGUCCAGUUCCAACACAAUGAUGGUCCGCUUCAAAUCGGACAGCAGUUCGACUUCUAAAGGAUUCAGAGCAACUUACACAAAGUCCAGCCUUCCACCCGUUAUUGUUCCCACCACACCAGGACCAGGACCAGGACCCACCACCACACAAACCAAUCCACCUCCCACAUCCUCUGGUGGUCCAGUGAUCCUCCAUGGACGUAAAGGAGUGAUCCAGUCUUUGGGUUUCCCAAAUUCAUAUCCUGCUCAUCUGAGUAGUUCCUGGAAGAUAUCUGUACCCCAAGGAUUCCUGGUUAAACUGCAGAUUACUGACAUGGCCAUCACAGGAGAGACUGGACAAUGCAAGGAGGACAAACUGGUCAUCUCAGAUGACUACAGCGUACUAGGCACACACUGUGGCUACAUCCUUCCUCCAGUGGUGGUCAGUGCCGGUGACACAAUGUCUGUCACCUUCCAGUCUGACAGUCGCCUAACAGACCGAGGAUUCUCUGCCAAGUGGGAAGCUGUGUACCCUGCGGAUAUCGCAGAAGUCCAGGGCUGUGGAUUUUUUUCCAGAGAGGAAACAGGGGUUAUCAAGUCUCAGAACUGGCCUAUGAACUACAAGGCUAACACUGAGUGCAUGUGGAACAUCGUGUUGCCUUUUGGGAAAAAAAUCACACUGAAUUUCACCCACUUCGACCUAGAAAACAAAGAUUUAUUAACGUUCAAAUGCCUUGAUAAUAUAGUGGUGUAUGAAAUCAACAGUUUGACCAAUGGCCUGAUUAAAAAGCACGGUCCAUUUUGUGGGACUAAACUGCCUCGUACCAUCCGGACAAAAGGCAACAGGCUGAUGAUACGCUUCCAUAGUGACAUAUUUACUGAGGCCAAAGGCUUCAGGGCCUACUGGACAACAAACCCCAGUCUGCCCGCUCCCACUGAGCCGCCUGCUCAGCCCAACCCUUGGGACGACAUCCCCAUAGACUGGCCCAGUACAUGUGGAAAACCAGCCAUUCCUCCUACUAUUAUGUCACGCAUUGUGAAUGGAGAGCCAGCCAAGCCACACUCCUGGCCCUGGCAAGUGUCCAUGCAGGUCUGGCCGCCCAGUCGUCCAGAACCAAAAUUCUCCCAUAUCUGUGGCGGUACUCUUAUUCAUAAGAACUGGGUACUUACAGCCGCCCACUGCUUCAUAAACUAUGCUGAUGAGCUGCAGCGUUGGCACAUGUGUCUUGGCAAACACAACCUGACCUACACAGAGCCGAGUGAACACUGCUUCAAUGUGACUGGUAUCUAUCGCCAUGAGGGCUUCAAGUAUCCCACAGUGCCCACAGUGGAGUUUGACAUUGCCCUGGUCAGGCUGGAUGGGGACGUGAUAUUCAGUGAUGAGAUCUCUGUCGCCUGCCUUCCUUCUGAGGAAGAAAUACUACCUGGGGGCAAGAAGUGCUACGCCACCGGCUGGGGAGAUGAAACAGGUGAUUCACUGAAUGCUAAAGCCUCAGAGGCCCUUAACCAGGUUGCCCUGCCUGUUGUGCCGUAUGACACCUGCAAGAGGAUGGAUUACUGGUGGUUCCAGGUCAAGACCUCCAUGAUCUGCUGCGGGUAUACCCUGCCUGAUGAGCUCAAAUCUGUCUGUCAGGGAGAUUCAGGUGGUCCUCUGGUGUGCCGGGAUACCCCCACUGGUCCAUGGGAAGUUCACGGUAUAACUAGCUUUGGCCCUAUCGGAUGUAUUAUGAAUAAGAAGCCCUCCGUGUUCACCCGCUCCUCUGCCUACCUCCCCUGGAUCAAGAAUGUCAUCCGCAGAGACAUCUACAAUGAGCACACAUCUGGCUGUGGUGGACCAAAGGACUUGACUGGCACAAGUGGCACCAUCUCCUCUAUGGGUUACCCUGUCAGCUACAGCAACAACGCCCGCUGCCAGUGGAACAUCCAGGCGCCCGUUGGCAAACUGGUCCACCUCCAUUUCCACAAUUUUUCCCUGGAGGAGAGUCAGAUGUGCAUGAAGGACAAAGUCAGUCUGUCUGACAGUACAGGAACUCUAGGCACCUACUGCAGCCACGUACCACCUAAAGAUCUGGUGAGUGAUGGGGACACACUUCACAUCAGCUUCUCCUCCAAUGACAAGGUGGUGGAUACAGGCUUCACUGCCACCUGGAAGGCAGUGGACCCUACAGAGGCUCCUUGUGGAGGAAGUUUCAACAGUGCUCAGGGUGAAAUCACCUCUCCUAACUGGCCCAGUGACUACAACGCUCAGUCUGUGUGCACAUGGCGCAUCAAAGUUCCUUCAGCAAAAAGUGUCCAUGUGGCCUUCACUCACUUUGAACUUCAAGCUGUAAACAUGUUAGGAAACUGUGUGGACUAUGUGGAGAUCUUCAAUGGAGAAAGCAUGAAAUCACAAGGUCGUUUCUGUGGCUUUGCCCCUCCACCCAAAAUUGCCAUCCCCAGCAACACAGUCGUCAUUCGCUUCCUUAGUAACGGAGCCAAUCAGCAGAAGGGUUUUCGUGGUUACUGGACUACCGAUGCCAAUAUAAUCCCAACUUUACCUCCUCCACUUCCUAAUCUAUGGGACAACAUUACUAUCAACUGGCCAGGAAAUUGCGGAAACCCAGAAGUGACACCCAAUACAGCCACCUCAAGGGUGGUUAAUGGGGUAGAGGCGAUCCCCCACUCCUGGCCCUGGCAAGUCUCCAUGCAGGCUUCACCAAUGUUUCCCAUACCUUACAUGCACGGUUGUGGAGGUUCUUUGAUUCACGAGGAAUGGAUCCUUACUGCUGCUCAUUGUUUCAUGGUCCCACUGAAUAAACCCUCCUACUGGCGCAUGUGUCUGGGGAAGCACCACAUGAACUCCUCCAUGGAUGUUCCUUCAACAGAGGCAUGCUACAAGGUGGACGGAAUCAUCCGCCAUGAGGGCUUCGUUUAUGAGCAGGAUCGCAGUGACAUCACGAAUGACAUAGCCCUGGUGCAUUUGGCUAAGCCCGUCAAUAUGACGAGGGAGAUCAGCCCCAUCUGUCUGCCUAAACCUGGGGAUGUGAUGGCUGGUGGGACACCCUGCUUCGUCACUGGCUGGGGAGAUGAGAAAGGUAACCUGUUCCCCAAAGUGUCUGAGAAGCUAAAUCAGGCAGCCCUCCCUAUUGUUGACUUCCAGACCUGCAGUAAGCCUGCAUACUGGUGGGACACCCUCAGGCCCUCCAUGAUCUGUGCUGGCUACGAGUCUCCAGAUGAGCUUAAGUCAGCCUGCCAGGGUGACUCUGGCGGUCCUUUUGCCUGCAAGGCCACUGGAAUAAGCACAACCUGGGAGGUGCACGGUAUCGUCAGCUUUGGACCUCAGGGCUGCAUCAAAGACAAGAAACCAUCAGUGUUCACCCGUGUCUCUGCCUUCAGUGACUGGAUCCACCACAACAUCAAGAAGUUUACGUAUGAAAAUGGCAAAACCAACUAACCAAGUCAUUGUACCUUUUUAUUUAGGGUUCAUCAUUAACUAUAUAAGUAAAAUUGUUCUCAGCCCCAUUCAGUUUACAACCCUUCUGACUUAUAAGGAAUCUUCUGGUAUGUAAUGGUAGAACAACUUUAUUUGAUGCUAUAUUUAAUAUUUCAUACAUUGUAUACAGUAUACAGUUAAAGAAACAUUGCAUGUUCUA